AUGGAAGUCGGCGAAACCACAAGUCUUCUACCGAAGGCCAAUGAAACCCGACGGGGUAUGCCGCGACGUUCAUAUACGAAUCUUUCUGGAAAUACGGGGUCCGAUUUCAACAAUUUUAGACACACCCUAAUGACGGGAAGCAUUCGCCGGUCGCGACACCAUAGCCGCGCCAACUCUCAGGCGAUCCGAUUUAGUCGACGCGGCAGUAUCGAUGCGGAGCAAGCGGAAAGCCUGGCUGCUUCCGUCAAAGAUGGCAUGACGGCUUCAUUCAUGGACGAGCGGAGCUGGUAUGACCAGUUCACCUCCACUGACUGGGUCCAUGACAGUAUCAUAGACGGGGCUCGUCUUCGGGAACUGCGCAAGCGCAAGGAUAUCCGCGGGCGUCUGCUGGCAUGGCUCGAUGGCUCCCAGGGCUGGGUCCUGGUCGCAUUGAUUGGCUGUAUCACGGCCGCAAUAGCUUAUUCAGUAGAUGUGACUGAGGAAUUCAUCUUUGACGUGAAGGAAGGCUUUUGUACUACGCACUGGUUCCACAGCCGUCAGAGCUGCUGUACAGGGGGCUCAAAUUGCCCGGCGUGGCGGUCCUGGUCCCAGAUCUACAAUCCGUCAGGACCGGACAAUUACUGGGUCAACUACAGCAUGUUCAUCUUCUGGGUGGUGCUUCUUUCUGUCAUCUCUUCCGCCAUCCCCACGCGUCCUGCCAUGGUCUACUAUCCUGCGGCAGGAAGUGGAGUGGCUGAGGUCAAGGUCAUCAACAGUGGCUUCGUUCUGCAUGGAUACCUUGGCUUCAAGACUCUGUUCAUAAAAACCCUUGCGCUGGUUUUUAGCGUUUCGUCAGGCCUCAGCUUGGGCAAAGAAGGACCUUAUGUGCACAUCGCGACAUGCGUGGGCAAUAUCUGCUGUCGCAUCUUUGCCAAGUAUAACCACAACGAUGGCAAGAGACGUGAAGUUUUGAGCGCAAGUGCUGCAGGUGGUGUGGCGGUAGCAUUCGGUGCCCCCAUCGGUGGCGUGCUGUUCAGUUUAGAGGAAGUCAGCUAUUAUUUCCCUCCGAAGACUCUGUUCAGAACGUUCUUCUGCUGCAUCGCAGCAGCACUCUCCCUGAAAUUCCUGAAUCCUUACGGCACGGGCAAGAUUGUCUUGUUCCAGGUCCGCUAUCUGGGCGACUGGGAGAUGUUUGAGAUGGCGAUCUUUAUCCUCCUAGGCGUGCUCGGUGGAGCGCUGGGUGCUCUGUUUAUCAAAGCCUCGAACCUCUGGGCGCGAUCAUUCCGAAGAAUUUGGUUUAUCAAGCGUUGGCCAAUGAUCGAGGUCGUGCUUGUUGCUGUUUUGACCGGAUUAGUUAGCUUUUGGAAUCGUUACACCAAGCUCCCCGUCUCCGAGCUUAUGUUUGAGUUGGCCAGCCCUUGUGAUCACGAGUCGUCGUCACCGACUGGUCUGUGUCCACCGGAGGAGGGGAUCGGGGAAAUUAUUCGUUAUUUGCUCGUCGCGUUUGUCAUCAAGAGUCUUCUAACGGUGGUUACGUUCGGAAUCAAGGUGCCGUGUGGUAUCUACGUCCCUUCCAUGGUUGUUGGUGGUCUUCUGGGCCGCAUUGUUGGACAUGCCGCACAGUACUUGGUGCUGAAGUAUCCCACCUCCUUUCUGUUUGGAUCGUCUUGUCCCGCUACCGCCGGCAUGGAAUCCUGCGUGACGCCAGGAGUCUACGCUAUGGUCGCGGCAGGUGCAACUAUGUGUGGAGUGACACGUCUGUCUGUUACACUGGCUGUCAUUCUCUUUGAGCUCACGGGAAGUUUGGACCAUGUGUUGCCCUUUUCCGUGGCUGUCUUGUGUGCCAAGUGGACUGCUGAUGCUAUCGAACCUCGCAGCAUCUACGAUAUGUUAACCGAUAUGAAUUCCUACCCGUUCCUUGACAGUAAACAUCAGCCGACGUCGGAUGCGCAGCUUGGGGAUCUCGUUCGGCCGGUUCGCUCCAGUCGUAUCAUUGACAUUUCGGGCUCGUCCUUUGUGCCGGCACGAGAGCUACGUUCGAAACUUCAGAACCUGUUGAUGGCGGGCGAAUUGGACGGAGGUCUUCCGAUCCUGCGUCAUGGUGUCCUCACCGGUUUAAUCCCGGCACCUGAGCUGGAGUACGCGCUGGACAACCUGGCGGACGAGGAGAACACCCUCUGCUUGAUGAGUCUGGACGGCUCUUCGGCUGUUUCUGACAGCGAAGAUGAAGCCGAAACCGGCCGCGUCGACUUCGGUCAAUACAUUGAUCCGUCUGACGUCUGCAGUCCCCUCUUGCCCUCGACAUCCAUUCGCCUAUCGACCUCGUGUAUCAAUGCUUUGCCAAGCUCGGACUGCGCUAUCUGUGCGUGUCGCAUGAUGGCCAAUAUGCCGGCUUAG